CCCUGCUUCCUUUCUUCAUCGUCCUCAGCUCAUCAUCUGCAUGCAGUUCACUGCACACCACACAGCUUAGCUUGCUCAGCUUCACUGAUCUUCUUAGCUGCAGCUACUUCACUUUGCAUAGUUUGAUCGAACUAAAUAACUCACCAAGUUAGCUGUAAUGGCCAAGCUGAUCCUCGCCACCUUCGCCGUCGUGUUCAUGGCGCUCGCCGCCACCUCCCUCGCCGGCGACCCGGACAUGCUCCAGGACGUCUGCGUCGCCGACUACAAGUCCCUCAAAGGCCCGCUGCGGCUGAACGGGUUCCCGUGCAAGAGGAUAGAGAACGUGACGGCGAACGACUUCUUCUUCGAUGGGCUGAUGAAGGCCGGGAACACGGGGAACGCGGUGGGGUCGGUGGUGACGGCGGCGAGCGUGGAGAGCCUGCCGGGGCUGAACACGAUGGGGGUGUCCAUGGCGCGUAUCGACUACGCGCCAUGGGGGCUGAACCCACCGCACACGCAUCCCCGUGCCACCGAGAUCAUCUUCGUCGUCGAGGGCUCCCUCGACGUCGGCUUCGUCACCACCGCCAACAAGCUCUUCACCCGCACCGUCUGCAAGGGGGAGGUGUUCGUCUUCCCGCGGGGGCUCGUCCACUUCCAGAAGAACAACGGCAACACGCCGGCGUUCGCCAUCGCCGCCUUGAACAGCCAGCUCCCCGGGACGCAGUCCAUCGCCGCCGCGCUCUUCGGCGCCGCGCCGCCGCUGCCGUCGGACACGCUGGCCAGGGCGUUCCAGGUCGACGGCGGCAUGGUCGAGUUCAUCAAGUCCAAGUUCGUCCCGCCCAAAUACUAGAAUUGCAUUGCAUGCAUGCAUACUGCAGGAAGAACAAGAUGGCAGCUGAGCUAGCUAGCCCUAUCGCGAUAAUAAUAAUUAAGAGGACGUACGUACGUACCGUUAAAAAGUUUGUGAUUUGAUUGGUAGGAUUUGUGUCAGUGUGUGUUUGUGUUUGUGAGUCGUUUGAUUUGUAAUUUUUAUUUUUGUUUUUGAGUCGUCGUCGAUCGAUCGGGUCGUGUCUCGUACUACGUGUGUGUGGUACGUGGCCGGACCUGAUCAUUACUGUAUUAUUACUUCAUGGUUUAGUACUACCACUGUUACUUCAUUAA